ACACACACACACUUUGAACCCACACUGAAGUGUUUUUAAGCAUGUAACCUGUGUAUUAUAUGUUAUAAGAUUGUGCCACUUGCUGUAUAAGAUUUAAUAAUUAGGAUUAAUGUGUGACCUUUGACCGUGUCAUGACCUAUUGUGAUAAGCCAGAGCAAGGGGUACUCAGAGUCCUGACUGGCCUUUGGCCAAGACCUUGGCUGCUACCUGACCCCAGCAGCUGUGCUGGGCGUGUGGGAAAGUUACCCAGCAGCAGGGGGCAGCGAUACUGGUCCCUAUAUUAGGGGACCAGAGGACGCCCCCAGAGCUUUUUUUCCUCCUGCUGCUGCUACCUGUCCGUCUCUGUGUUGCUCUGCUGUCUGUGCUUAAGGCUGUACAUCCCGGGGUUUUGCUUAGCUUGCUUUCUGCUAUGUAAUUUUCUUGCUAAAUGUCUGUAUGUAUUUUUCCUGCUGUUCAUAUGAUUCAGUGUAUUAAACUCUGUUCCAAGAAUUCUACUCUUUUACAGAGCAUCUUUUUGAGUGUCUUGGUUUUAAUUGGAUUUGGAUCUCCACAUCGUUGGUGGGAGAAGGUUAUCAGGAUGGCUUCAAAAUUUGCGACCACAGCACCAAACAGGCUAGGACCGCUUAAACACACAGUCAGCCUAUUUCCGUUUGGAGGAGGCGGAGGGAGUAAAAAGGUGGAGCUGUUCACAGAUGUUGAGGAGAGGAGACGCGGACAGUACUUUUGGUUUUACUGCAUGGAAGGAGCAGAGCGUAGCUUUAUCAAAGAGGAAAAUCUUCAGCCUAAUCAUCAACUCCUGUCUCCUGGAUCCAGCUGCGACAAAGCUUUCAGGCUCCUAUGAACUUUUAUUUCCAGAUAACCAGCUGAUGACGCUGCCUGACAUAUACUGAGCUGUCAGAGCUGCUCUCCACAUCAGCAGAGAGUGACACUGACAGUCUGGACGGUGUGUUUGAUCGACAUCAUCGGAUCAUGCAGAGACAAGGAAACAUCAAAGAACAAAAACAUUAUAAAGCGAGGCAUUUAAAGCUGAAUGAUUUGAAACAGGAAGCUCAAGAUACUCAUUUGUACAAGAAGUACCUCUGCAAAGACGACAUCCCUCCGUACCCCGGACCUGGAGAGGUUUCACUUGAGUUUCAUGUGUCUCGGCUGAAGCACGACACAUACAAAUUAGAAGAGAUCAAGAAUGACGGAGGCUUCAAGGAUCCAAACAGCGGCUCAAAGGAUCCAGACAGACUGUCCCUGGUGUGGUGGAGUCUGGCUGUGGCACCAGAGGAGAUCCAGUCAGCUGAGAGGAGGCUCCUGGAGGAGACCUUCCCAAACUGGACCGAGGAGCAGGCCCGGCGGAAGCAGAGCUUCCUGUGGAAGUUCGCCUCGUCUCCAGCCUUCAGUGAGAAGUCCAGGUAUGGAUCGUACCGCUUCACCUUCACGGUGGAGGAGGUGCUGGAGGCCUACAGCGAGCAGUUUUGCUCCGGCUGCCCGCCCGUCAUGCGUGUUCUCAGGACUUCAUUGUACAGACAGGAAGUGAUGUAUGCUGUGCUGGUCCACAGCUCAGACAGUGAUUGGCUCUUCGCUGAGUAUCCCAUCCUGCCCGACGCUCCGAACACUGUCUGUGCUUACAGGGACGGACGCUUCACCUGGAGGCCCGAGGCCAUGUGCGGGACACACAAAUAUGUGCUUUUACAAAGACGUGACAAAAACCUGAUGGAAGCUUGGGGACUGAUUCAGGAUCCACAGUAUUAUGUUUGGGACCACGUCGCCAUCGCCCUGCAUGUGGAGGGUGGGCAGGUGCUGAAGUUUGAUUCUGAUGAUCUGAGGAAGAACCUCACGUUCUGUGAGCCUGAUGCUGUGACAGUCACACCUGAAUCUGACUUUCAACAUUACGAGGAUGCUCAAAACCUGGUCGCUCGUUUGUGGCCACUGAAGAAGGAAGUUUCACUCCAGCAGAGAAUCAGAGCAGGCUCUACAGACUCUCUGCGGUGAGACGACGCCCUCAGUCUGAGCUCUGCACACUUUGAUCUUUUCUUUCAUUUUGAAUAAAUCAAACAUAGAGCUUCAUGUUGGUGUGGUUUAAACUCCUGACUGUGCACGUUUU